CUUUCAUUUUAAAAAAAAUCAUAAUUUACUUUAAAUGAACUCAAUCAAAUGUGUCCUUAAAUUCAUUUCAUAGAUGAACACUGACAAAGAUUUUUGUAUCUAAGUGUUCGUUAAUCUUUUUUUUCAUUUACUUAUUCAAUAUACGAUUCAAAUAUUUUUUACAUUGAAUCAGUUCGUUGUUAAUUCGUCAAGAGUCAAAUGUUUGAUGGUAUAGAGCAGAACCACUUGUCCGAAUGUAUCGAAAAUUGUCAAACCUUAUUAAACUCCAAAUGAAAUUUAUAGUAUACAGAAUGAACAGAGGAAAGUUGGGAAACAAAUAUUAUUAACAAAUGGACUGGAAAUAAGUUACAGUCAAGCAAACGGCUGAAUAACAUAAACAAACUAUCAAAUUUCAUUCAACUCAAUGUUUUUAUUGCUUCUGUUAUGCGUUUCAAGUUCAAAUUUAAGGGAAACCAUAGCGAAUUCUGCCGUGGUCGAUGUUAUGGAGGAUGCUCGACCUGGGACAAUAAUCAUAGACAACUUAGAGCAUAGAUUUCCUACACUCAAUAGUGGCGAAUCCAAAUCUCAUUAUUUUGCAAUUGGAAAUCCAUCAAGUCCUGGAAUAAAUAAUUUGGAAAUACGUCGGCAUAGAUUUGAUAAUUCUGUUCAACUUGUUGUUAAAGAUGGGCAAAAUGGUCCAGAUCGUGAGGAACUGUGUGGAGCACGGGAAACUCAGUCCGAAUCUCAAAUGCCUUUUUGUGAUAUUCCCUUAAUUAUUUUACAUGGCAAACGACAUGAACCAUCAUAUGGAAAAUUGACUCUCCGUAUUUUAGAUAGGAAUGACAAUAGUCCUAUAUUUACCAAGAGAGAUACAACAGAGCUACGAAUACCAGAGAAUAUAGAAAGUUUUGAUAUGGUUAGCAGCAGCGCUGCGAUUCAUCCUCAAAUUUUACAUUCCAACAAUAAACCAACUUCAGGAAACCCAACUACUCUCGAACUACCCAAAGCCCAUGACAUAGACCUACCAGAGAAUGGAGUCAAAACAUAUCGACUGACCACCGUUUCAGGUCACGAAAUAGAUAAGUCACUCUUUAACCUGAUUGUGAAUAAUGAUAAUGAAAACAAAAUAGGUAACAGUCUCCCAGUUCCACUCUUACGCAUUGUCGGUUUACUUGACAGAGAGAAACAAGAUGAAUAUUGGUUUCACUUACUAGCCAUUGAUGGGGGUAACCCGAAAAGAACAGGUACACAGACUAUCCACUUAGUGGUAACAGACAUCAAUGACAACAUUCCAAAGUUUAGAAAACCAAUUUUUCACUUUCCAACAUUUAUAUCGACAUCAGAUUUGUAUGGUAAUGGUGCUACUCAGGAAUUUUUGAAAAUCCCGGAAACCCAAACACCUGGUACUCCGAUUGUAACAAUAAUAGCUGAUGAUCCAGAUAAAGAUUUAAAUGGCCAGAUCACCUAUCGCCUCAAAGAGUCCGAUCUUGAAGUUGCUAAGAAAAUGGAUGCAGAUGAUCGUCAUGGAGCUAGUUGGUCUGAUUUAAAUAGAGAACACAGUGGUCGUUUAAUAAAACUGGUUGUAGAAGCUGUAGAUGCUGGAUCACCUUCAUUAACGGGAAGUAUUGAACUAUUGAUUUUAGUUGAGAAUAUUAAUGAUAAUGAACCUGUAAUAUCUGUACAAUAUACACAACCAUUUCAAACUGAAUCUGAAUUUCAUAAUAAUUUGAAAGGUAAAAUUGUAGGUUGCUUACAAGAAAAUCAAAAUGAACCAUUAACAAUUGCACAUUUAACUGUAGAAGAUGGUGAUUUUAUUGAGAGCAAUAGUGGGGCUAUCUCAAAUUUGUUAGAAAUUCAUUGUGAAACUAAUGAUACAAGGUUUUUGUUAGAAAAAGUGUCUAAUUUAAACUAUGCUGAUCGUUCAGAUUCUUAUGGAUUAUCUACUACUCAUUUUGAUUCACCAUUAUUAUUUUAUAAAAUGUCAUCACUAAAAUCGAUUGAUCGAGAAGCAGAACCAUGGAUUUUCGUAAAAGUAAUUUGUGUCGAUCAGGUGAAAGUAAGUUAUGCACUAAAUGGAUACCAAAAUAUUGGAAAAUUGAUUCAGUCAAACCGAUUAACUGGAAGUACUACGGUAGCUAUAAAUCGUAAUUAUCAAUUCAGUGUGUUUGAGACACCUUCGAUAGCAGUGAAUUCAAUAAAAAAUAUGUUUGAUGAUCAGUCAUCAGUUGAAAUCGGUCGAGUAAGUGUAAAUGAUCUAGAUGAGGGAGUGAAUAGUAAAGUUAGUUACAGUUUUUUAUCAGGUGAAAUUGAUGCAUUCAAGAUUGAUGAAAAUACAGGAGUAAUACGGAGAGUGGGUUUUAUAGACAGAGAAAAAGUUAACCAAAUGGAACUGGUAGUUGAAGCUAAAGAUCAUGGAGAACCAAGCUUAAGUAGUACUACGGUAAUCAAAGUUGAUGUGCUUGAUGUAAACGACAAUCCACCUUAUUGGAUUAUGUCUUCUCCAAAUGACAGAGACAAAGAAAUUCGUCGAAGUGGACCUGAAGAUGGUGUGUACUAUUUUUCUCUAAAUGAAGAUGCUCCUAUAGGUAGUAUAGUAGGAACUAUAAGUGCAGUAGAUACAGAUGGUAUAGCCGAAAGUGAAAUGAUUGAACAAAUUAUAGAAAAACAAAACCCUGUAAAAUUACAAAAAACUAAUUUUGGAAAUUUACAUGGAACAUCAUCUAUAACUUAUCAAUUAGAAAAUGAAGGUGAUGGUAAGAUAUUUUCAAUUAAUUCACGCAAUGGAGAUAUACGUCUUAAUAAACAUUUGGAUCGUGAAAUUCGAGCUCAUUAUGAAUUUCGAGCUUUUGCAAUUGAUGAUAUACUAAAAUCAGUUAAAUCAUCACAAAACAAUCCAUAUUUAGUUAACAAAUGGAAACAUCAGUAUACAGCUACAGCUACAAUAAUUAUUACAGUAUUAGAUGUGAAUGAUAAUCCACCAAUAUUUGAAACACCAUUAAAUGGUCAAGAAUUUCAUAUUGAACCUGGUUCUUCAAUGACUACAGCUGUUAGAUAUUCUUUAGAUAAUAAUGGUUAUGGAAUAGUAGAAAUUGAUUCAACAACUGGUGUUUGUUAUUUUCGUGAAACAAUACAACAUUCUUUAAUGACUAAAUUAAUUACAUCUAAUCAAUAUGCUAUAAAUGGUAGAACAUCAAAUCAUUUAACUGAUAGUAAUUUAAUUUCAUCAGAAAAUUUAAUAACAAAUCGUCAACAUGAAUUACAUUCAUUUACAUUAAGUCUUACUAUCAUUGCUCGUGAUUUAGGCACACCAUAUUCAUUAAAUAAUUCACGUACAGUAAAACUUGUAUGGACUACAGAAUCACAAAUGAAAUCAUUUAGUAUAUCAAAUAAUGAUUUAUUAAAUAAUAAUAAUAAUAAUCUAUUUGGUAAUAUUGAUUAUUUAUCCGAUAAUCGAAUGACUAUGAAUAAAUUAAUUAUUCCAUUAAUUAUUGCAUAUUCCUCAACAAAAUUAAAUAAAACAUUAAAACAAAAUUAUUUAAAUGAAAAUAAUAUAAAUUCAAAUCAUUGGUGUUUAUGUAUUAAUAAAUAUUCUAGAAAAUUAUCAAAACAAGAAAACGUUGAUGAAUUAAAAAGAUCAAUACAAAUUCUAGAAAAUACUACGAAUAAUAAUAAUAAUAGUACAAUGAAUAAUGGUAAUAGUAAUAAUAAUAAAAUCAGUACAAAUAGUACACAUAAUGAUUUCAUUAUAAAUGAUUAUAGUGAAUUCAAUACAAGAAAUAGAGAUAAUCAUGAAAAAGAAUUAAUAAGAAGUAGAAAUACACAAGCUGAAGUGUUUUUAAAAGCAUGUCUACCAGAUUGCGUCCCAUCAGUUACUGGAGGACAAGUCGAUCAAACAUGGACUUGUAGGGAUGACAAGACACGUUUCAAAUGGAAUGAAAUACAAUCCUUUCGUCCAGAUUAUUUUCAGAAACAACAUUCAUCGAAUCAACGCUUGACUCGUACAUUUUCAGACGAUUCAGUAGUUAAUGUUCGACAGUUUGAUGUUGGAUAUACAGCAUUAUGUGCUUAUCCAAGUUCACCACAUAAUCAUUCUCAAUUUAUACCGAUCCAGCCAGAUAUAAAUUUUGAUUCAUAUUAUAAUGAACAGAAAACAACCAAUCAUCUCUUAUUUAGUCCAUACUUGAAUAGAAAAUCACAGGUAUCAAACAAUGAAAUAAGUAAUUUCGAUAAUUCAAAAGUUGCAAUACAUUCAACAGUAUCCAUGCCUUUUACACUAUCUGGAUUAUCAACAGGAAAUAGAGUUUUGGCGCCAGGUUCAAUCAUUGAAGCACCCUCUUCUUAUUAUGGUCCAAUAGGUUUAACGAAUACAUGCCAGAUAUCAUAUCCAUCUAUGCAAACAAUUCCAUCAUCUUAUGAUAUUGGACAAAAUUCCAAUGGAUGGAUUGAAAAAUAUGAAGAAUUUGAAAGUGAUAAAGAAUUAGCAGCACUUUCAAAAUUAACAGAGAAUUCAUGUAAUAGCCGAAAACCAAAAUUAGCAGAUGCAUAUGCAGAGAAUUCUUUUGUUUAA